AUGCUUUACAGAGAAGUGCCGCGUCGAUUGGCGGUGCCAGGUCGCCGCCCACCGCAGCUCCGGGCCUUUUCUUCCACAGGCAUCCGGCAGAUAGACUACACACAUGCAGUCAUCGGCGGCGGCGUCGUCGGCCUCGCCGUCGGCCGCUCCCUGGCCGCGCGCGCCGGCACCUCGACGCUGCUCCUGGAGCGGCACGGCGCCGUGGGCACCGAGACGUCGUCGCGCAACAGCGAGGUGAUCCACGCGGGGCUGUACUACGGCGCCGGCACGCUCAAGACGGCGCUGUGCGUGCGCGGGCGGGGCCUGCUGUACGACCUCUGCGCCGAGCGCGGGGUGCCGCACCGCCGGACGGGGAAAUGGGUGGUGGCGCAGACCCGGGGCCAGCUCGAGGCCCUGCAGCGCAUUCACGACCACUGCGCGCGCCUGGGGCGGGACGAGGGGCUGCAGGUGCCGCUCCGCUGGGUCGGGCGCGAUGAGGCGCGCCGCCGCGAGCCCGACGUGCGCGCCGACGCCGGCGUGCUCGAGAGCCCCGAGACGGGCAUCGUCGAUAGCCACGCGCUCAUGCUGGCGCUGCUGGGCGAGCUCGAGGGGACCGGGCGCGCCGACGUGGCGCUGCUGUCGUGCGUCGUGGGCGUCGAGCCGCUCGCGGGCGGCGCCGGGUGGGCGCUGCGGGUGCGGAGCAGCACUAGAAACCAAGAAGGGGAAGGGGAAGAGGAGGAGACGACGGUCACGGCCGAGACGGUCGUCAACGCUGCGGGCCACGGCGCCGUGGACCUGCACAACAUGGCGAUAGUGCACAGCAGCGAGCAGCAGCAGCAGCAGCAGCAGCCGCUGCGCGCGUUCUAUGCAAAGGGCAACUACUUCUCGUACGGCGCGGGCCGGCCGCGCGUCGGCACCCUCGUGUACCCGGCGCCCGAGCCCGGGGCCGGGGGGCUGGGCACGCACCUGACGCUCGACAUGGCCGGCCGCAUCCGCUUCGGCCCGGACGUCGAGUGGGUCUACUCGCCCGACGACCUGGCCGUCAAUCCGGCCCGUCUUCCUGACGCCGUGCGCGAGAUCAAAAAGUACCUCCUGGGCGUCGACGAGGCCGCCCUGGCGCCCGACUACGCCGGCGUCAGGCCAAAGCUGGGCCGCAAGGGCGCCGUCGCGUCCGGCAGCGGAUUCGUCGACUUUGUCGUCCGCAAGGAGGACGGCCUGCAGGGCUGGGUCAACCUGCUCGGCAUCGAGAGCCCGGGUCUGACGAGCUGCCUCGCCAUCGGCGAGAUGGUUGAGCAGCUACUGUACAAGUAA